ACUAAAGUAACCCAGGGUGGUGGUGAAGAAGGGGGUUCAGUCCCGAGAAGCGAAGAAGAAGAGAUGAGCGUGGAAGAUCUUCCGCGGAAAGAGGUUAACGUGCUGAAAGGUCACGAGGGUGCCGUGUUGGCCGCGAGGUUCAACGGUGAUGGCAAUUAUUGUCUGAGUUGCGGAAAAGACCGUACCAUACGCCUCUGGAAUCCUCACCGUGGAAUCCAUAUCAAGACCUAUAAAUCCCACGGCCGUGAAGUUCGCGAUGUCCACGUCACACCGGACAAUUCCAAGUUAUGUUCCUGUGGUGGUGAUCGACAAAUAUUUUAUUGGGAUGUUGCAACUGGACGUGUAAUUAGGAAAUUUCGUGGUCAUGAUGGUGAGGUAAAUGGCGUCAAAUUCAAUGAGUAUUCAUCUGUUGUAGUCUCAGCAGGCUAUGAUCAAUCGUUGCGUGCUUGGGACUGCAGAUCCCACAGCACCGAGCCGAUUCAGAUUAUUGACACAUUUGCAGAUAGUGUUAUGUCUAUUUGUUUAACGAAAACUGAAAUUAUUGGAGGAAGUGUUGAUGGAACUGUUCGGACAUUUGACAUUCGAAUUGGCAGAGAAAUUUCCGAUAACUUGGGGCAACCCGUCAACUGUGUAUCAAUGUCAAAUGAUGGUAACUGCAUUCUAGCAGGUUGUUUAGACUCUACUUUGCGUCUUUUGGACAGGUCCACUGGUGAAUUGUUACAAGAAUAUAAAGGACACACUAAUAAGUCGUACAAAUUGGAUUGCUGCCUUACCAAUACCGAUGCUCAUAUAACUGGUGGGUCUGAGGAUGGCUUCAUUUAUUUCUGGGAUCUCGUAGAUGCAUCUGUUGUUUCAAGAUUCAGGGCCCAUACCUCAGUGGUAACCAGUGUUAGUUAUCACCCAAAGGAAAACUGCAUGGUAACUUCUUCAGUGGAUGGCACCAUUCGAGUAUGGAAAACAUAAUAACUAAACGCAAUCACGAAGCUUACCUCGUGAUUAGCAUAAUGAAGACUGAAGACUGCAUGUACAAUUACAAUUGAAGCCCAACAGAGACAACGUUUCAAUUUAUAUAUAUUUCAGCAGAUGUGUCUUACAUGUGCUUUUGAUGUUGAAGAUGGUAAAAGCAAGGUGAGCUGUUGAUUGCAGCUUCUCUGAUACAUGGUCAUAUCGCACAAAGUUUUUGACUUUUUUGUCUUGAAAGGGGACAGGGUAUCGUAUAAUACACUUGUGUCCAUAAAAGUAAAACAAUUUGUAUUAUAUCCGUUACGAUGUGAAAAUGAGUUUGUAUUCUA